AUGUCGGAAGACGAAUUUUUUGGUGGCGAUAAUGAAGUGGUCUGGAAUGGCUCCAGAUUCAGUGAUUCGCCUGAGUUUCAAACGUUGAAAGAAGAAGUUGCUGCAGAACUAUUCGAAAUAAAUGGGCAAAUAAGCACGCUGCAGCAAUUCACCACUACAUUAAAGUCAUUUAUAGAUAGGGGAGAUGUCAGUGCGAAAGUCGUGGAAAGAAUCAAUAAGAGAUCUGUAGCGAAGAUAGAGGAAAUAGGCGGGCUUAUUAAAAAGGUCAAUACAUCAGUGAAGAAGAUGGAUGCUAUUGAGGAAGCUAGCCUGGAUAAGACUCAAAUAAUAGCUAGAGAGAAACUUGUGAGAGAUAUCAGUUACUCUUUUCAAGAAUUUCAAGGUAUCCAGCGACAAUUCACCGAUGUGAUGAAACAAGUCAAUGAAAGAGCAAGAGAAUCCCUUGAGGCAACUGAAAUGGCAAACGAUGCUGCUUUAAUAGAGGAAGAACAAGGACAGAAUAGCUCAAUAAGUACUCGAAUACCAAGCAGUCAAAUAGUCAUCGAGAGAGAUCCGAUAAAUAACGAAGAGUUUGCUUAUCAGCAAAAUCUCAUCAGGCAAAGAGACCAGGAAAUCAAUAAUAUUGAAAGAGGUAUAACAGAGUUGAACGAAGUUUUCAAAGAUUUGGGAAGUGUCGUUCAACAGCAAGGCGUUUUAGUUGACAACAUUGAAGCAAAUAUUUAUACAACGUCGGAUAACACUCAAUUGGCUUCAGACGAGCUAAGGAAAGCCAUGCGUUACCAAAAACGGACGAGCAGGUGGAGGGUGUAUCUGUUAAUUGUGCUUCUCGUGAUGCUCCUUUUUAUUUUUCUAAUCAUGAAAUUGUGA